UUAGGAGACUGAAUCUGAAGGGGGUGUUUAAUGUCUGGGACUUUUGUCGGUUCUCCUCAGCUGAGCAGGGUUUCGUGUUUCAAAGCGGAACUCAAGUUGACUUUGAGCUCAGUAUUUGUUUCCAGUCGAACACAUAACUCUCCAAUCAGCGUUACGUCGUCGCGGAGAUGGCAGCCCUCAGAUCGGUACUCCAUGGGCGACUUGUUCAGGCCCUGCCCUUUUCCCUUGGGUCAUUACGGUUCGCAAGCUCCUUCAAGGCAGCAGAUCUUACCAUAGAACGGAACACAGCAUGCAAGGCCAAGCCCGACCCCUCCACGCUGGUGUUCGGCAAACACUUUUCUGACCACAUGCUGACCAUAACCUGGUCUGAGAAGGAGGGCUGGGAGGCGCCUCAGAUCAAGCCUUUCCAGAACCUGUCCCUCCAUCCUGCCAGCUCGGCCCUGCACUACUCCAUAGAGCUGUUCGAAGGCAUGAAGGCGUUCCGCGGAGCCGAUAACCACAUCCGUCUCUUCAGACCCAUGCUGAACAUGGAGAGGAUGCACCGCAGCGCUGACAGAAGCUGCCUUCCUCUGUUUGACAAAGCUGAGCUGCUGGAGUGCAUUAGGAAGCUGGUGGAGGUUGACCAGGAAUGGGUUCCCUACUCCCAGAACGCCAGCCUUUACAUCAGACCCACCUUCAUAGGAACUGAGCCUUCGCUCGGUGUUUCUCGAGCAGGAAAAGCGCUGAUCUUUGUCAUCGUUGGCCCAGUGGGACCCUACUUCGCCACAGGAUCUUUUAACCCAGUUUCUCUACUGGCUGACCCUUCGUUUGUCAGAGCAUGGAAAGGAGGAGUCGGGGCCUUUAAGAUGGGAGGUAACUACGGGCCGACGAUAGCGGUGCAGAACGAGGCGGUGAAGCGCGGCUGUCAGCAGGUCCUGUGGCUGUACGGAGACGACGAGGAGAUCACCGAGGUCGGCACCAUGAACCUCUUCAUUUACUGGACCAAUGAGAAAGGAGACAAAGAGCUGAUCACCCCCCCUCUGGAUGGCAUCAUCCUUCCAGGAGUCACCAGACAGUCUCUGCUGGACCUGGCUCGAUCCUGGAAUGAGUUUAAGGUGACGGAGCGGAACAUGGGCAUGAAGGAGCUGCUGGGAGCUCUGGACUCCGGCAGAGUCCUGGAGGUGUUCGGAGCCGGGACCGCCUGCGUCGUCUGCCCAGUGGGAAGCCUUCUGUACAGAGGGAAGACGUACCAGAUCCCCACUAUGCAGAACGGUCCGGAUCUGGCAAAGAGGUUCCACAAAGAGCUUACUGAUAUUCAGUAUGGACGCACAUCAAGUGAAUGGGCACCCCUGGUCAUUUAAAUGGCCAUAUUGCACAAGUCUCCACAUUUAGUCCCAUUAUUCCAGACUGGACGACCAGCAGCCCACGUCUCAUCCCACUAAUGCACUCCUGUUUACAUAGCGCCCCCAAGAGGCAGACGCCCGUCUCUGCGUCUGUCUCGUCGGGGAAACUCUGCAGAUGUUUCUCUGACUCUUAAAGGAAUACGUUUGGAGGUUUGAAUGUAACGGCUCACUUUGGAAAGCAAUAACAGCAAUAUGCAACGUUUAACUUGACACAACUUGGAAGUCUGUGCUCCUCCGCAGGAGAAAAAAAAAAGUACAUUCAGGCAAUUACACGGUUAAAAAGUCAACGAAUACGGUGAGUGAAAUGUGCCUGAAUGUGAGUGCAUUCAAAUCUUUAGAACAGACGUCUCUGUUUGGGUCACGUGUUUGUCCUUGUAUUAACGGUUUCAUUAAAAUCACAGUAGCAUUGUUGCAUUUACCAAAAAAAAAAAAAAAGGCACAAACCGAUGUAUUUUUAUGUGUAGGAGGUGAAUAUUUUCAGUACUGGAGCUACAAAUAUAUUAUCAGUGUGUAGAAGUUAUAAUUAACUUGCCGUUUUGCAGAGAAGGUUUUACAUUGCAAAAAAAUGUAUUAAACAAAAGAAGUUACAUAUAUACACAAACUACUACUUGGAACAAUAUGUGGUGUUUUCCCUUAGACUUUAAACUGUUACAUGGAAGAGUCCUGUAAACACACAGGACACGUGUUACUGUCAUGUACAUAAAAAUGAGUAGUUUUGAUGGGGCCACGUCACUUUGACACCAGAGUUUGCACUGUCCUUGGCUUUUGGAGAGGAAACAUGAGUGGAUUUUAUGUUUGUUGAAAUCUGAAUGCACAGAAACUGAAGAUUGAGAUUAAAGAAAAUUAAAAAAAAAAAAAAAAACCCU